AAACGAAAAUAAAAUAGAUAAUAGUUAUAGAAACCCUAAAAAGAGAAGAAAGUUAUUUAAUCCCCAAGUGAUGGUCUUGGUGAGCAACGAAUGGAUGAACAAUAAGGAUGACGAACAGAAAACAGAUCCAGCAGCAUCGGGAGCAUUCGGAGCAGCAUCAGUGAAUAACGGAGGAUCAGCAGGAACAGCUGCGAGGGGAUCGCUCGCAGCAGUUGGCGCAGGAGGAGGAGGUGUAGGAGGAGGUGCGUCGACUGUCAAACGAAAGAAAUUUCAAAACUCUUCAAAUAUGGACACGACAAAUACAAUGAAGUCCGAGCAGGAUCUGCUGCAGUCUAUCGAGCGGGAGAAGCACGAACUGGAGACGGCGGACAGCAAUAAUGAGGAGUCCGACGAGAACCAGGAGAACAAUAAUGUGCAGGAAUCCGACACCGACACGAAUACAUUGCAGGGUACUAGCACACGAUUGACGUCCCAACAGUUGCCGGCAUCCAGCCAGGUGCUACAGAUGACACUAAAUUCGGUUCUCAAUGCCAACAACACGGCAGUCGGUGGAGGUGUUCCCCCUGCCAGCAGUCUCUUCAGUUCAUUGGGCGGACACAUCAACCAAAGGGAGGCGGACUACGGCACACUGUUAUUACCACAGACACAGUCACCAGGGCUAGGGCUAGCAUUGACAACCACUGACCUAAACAUCAGCUCAGAGACGGUUUCGGGAGCAGCCACUGCUAAGGGCGAUGCCAAAAUUGUGCUGCAGUGCGAGGCAAAGUCACACAAGUUUGAGACGCGUACCAUACUGCUGCAGCCGAACCAGGAGUGCAAAGUUGGCCGCCUGAUAGCGAAGAGCAAGGCCAGUGAGGAAAAUGCAAUCUUUGAUUGUAAGGUUUUGUCGCGCAAUCAUGCGAUGCUCUGGUAUACGCAGGAUGGACGUUUCUGGGUGAAGGAUACAAAGUCCAGCAAUGGGACAUUUAUUAACGACAACAAACUGGGCAAUGAUCCAGCCGAGCUACACUUCGGCGACACGGUCAAGUUUGGUGUGGAAGUGAUCGAGAAUUCGCGUCAGGAGGUGCACGGCUGCAUCAUAGCCAGGGUGACACUGUUCUUGCCCGAUGGCCGGGAGGCCAUCUCAAUCGAUGCCGAUCAGCUGCAGUUGCUCGGGCCCAAUAGGAUUAGCUUCGACGAAAUCCAGCGCCUGAACUCAUUUCUCCAGGAAGCUGCGCAGCGAGAGAAGACCCUCAAGGCGAAAUUGAACAGUUUGCAGGGUGUGCUGGAUUCCACGCGCAAGAACUCGGCCAUGUGCUGGCAGAGCAUGAUAGCCGAGGAUCAACUAAUACACAAGAUCAAUCUACUGGAGAAGAAACUGCAAAUGAUGGAGAAAAAUGUGCCAGAAAAUUCGCUGCGUAACGAGAUUGUUAAAAUGCUGGAGGACAAGACAACGUAUCAAUUAACUGCCAAAGAGGCUCUGCGCAAGGUGUACCAGGAGCGCUGCGAUGCCUUGCAAGCACUGUCGCGGGCACAGUUGUCGAUUGAGACCUCUGAGAAUGAGUGCGUCAUAUUGCGUACUCAGAUCGGUCAAUCAAAGCAAACGCUGCAGGAGUUCAAUGCGCGGCUGGAGAAGCUACAGCAGGAGUACAUGGAUUACAAGCAGGAGUCGCUGCGGCAGCAACAGGAGGCUAAGGAACAGGAAGAACAGCGCUUGGAGAUGCAGCGGGAGCAGAUGGAGCGUGAGAUGGAGGAGCUGCGCAUGCAGGUUGUCCGUCUGCAGAAAACCAUUGACGAGCAUGACAGUGAGCAAAAGCUUCAAGAGCAGAGUGUCCUGCAGCAGCUGGAUGCGGCAAUUCCCGACGUUGACGAUGAUGAUGAUGAUGAGGCGUAUGAGGACAACAGCGACGAUGAGAGUAUGGACGAGGAGCAGGUGAAGGACGCAGUAGCAGAGCAAGCAUCUGACAUACAGGCAAAGGAUCAACUAACAACAGUGUCUGGCAAUCAGAAGACUAAGACGUCCAAGCAACAGAUCGAGUUUGAUAACAAGAAAAAGGUGAUUCGGAGAUCGCAGGUAAUGAAGUUGCUCAAAAAUUCAGAUCUCAAUAGAGGCGCAUUAGGCGGCGAUGUACUGAUGGCUAUCCUUAAUGACGCUGGUUCCGAGGAUGAGGAACAGGAUCCCAAUGAGGAGACCGAUGUGCAGGCAGUAAAAAUACCUAAACCUGAGCUUAGUGCGGGCAUUAAGCGAGAGGCAGCAAAAGCUGCUAGCGAUGAAUUCAUUCACAAUUCGCCUAAGCAUGCGCGUCUCAAUGGCAUCGAUGAAAUGCCAGAGCCCUCGAGUGACCAAUCGCCAUCUGUAGUGCACAAGUUGGAAAGCCAAGAGACGCUGGUAGUGCGAGAUGAGGAGAUUGAAAAUAUUGAACCUGAUUUACCCACAGAUCAGGCCAUCGACAUGCUGCAAGAGGAGUGUGAUAGUUACAAACAGAAGACGGUUUUGCUUACCGCCGACAUUCACUCGCUGAAAGAGCAGAUGGACAAUCUAAAGCAACAGCUAGAGCAGGAGCUUCAGCGCAACGCCAAUACAGAGCAGCCUGAAAGAGAAACAGAAAAAGAAACAGAGGCAAAGGCAGAGGACAAGACAGAGGAGCCGCGUCAAGCGUCUGGCCAGGAUAAGAGUCUCCGUUUGGACACUGAAAAAGCCUGGGAAGAGGACCUUCAAGCCAUAAAUGACUCGCAAGUGGUGCGCGAGGAGGAACUUAUUGUAUACAAGGAGCGACUCGAACAAUCAGAGAGCAGCAUUGUCAAGCUUAAAAAUGAAAUCACACAGCUUCGGACUAAGCAAAGGAAUGAGCAGCCACAAAAUUUGCUAUUUCUGUACCGGCUCGUUCCAUUGGGCUGCUUGGCUCUUGCUGGCCUCAUCUACUUCUUCUCCAUUCGCAUAUAAGACACUUCGAACCAUCCCAGACACCGCACACAUACACAGGCACAAGCAUGAAGCUGGUGUGGUGCGGUGUAAAUGGAUGUAAAUCUUGAAAAGGAGUGCAACCGGAGAUGGCCGCCGCAUUUUCGCAGUUAUUUAUAAGUAGUCCCCUCACCGAGCUUUACAAUUAUUUAAUUUGCUUUAUCGCCUAAUUUCUUUUGAGCACAAAAUUUAAAGUCGUAAAUUUAAAUUUAAUCGUCGAGUCGAACUAAG